AUGGCCCCAGGGCGUAAGCAGGAGCGAGCGUGCCCGAAGCUGGGCGGGGGUCGAGGGAAGGGCUCCCCUGGUGAGUCCCGCUGGGAAGCAGGGAUGCAAACGGGCAGCUUGCGGUCAGGGGGCGGGGAGCGAGGACAUGGGCGGGCCAGAGCGCGCCGGCGCACCUUCUCCUCUCCCAUUGGCUACCUCUCAUCGGCGCCCGCCGGCUGGCCCGCACCGGGCGGCCGCCGCCCCGGGCUCACCCCUCUGAGCCGGGCCAGUGCGCGCUGGUCUCAGGUCGGGGUGGAGGCCGCGGCCGGCCUGGCCUCGCUUGUGCACAGCGAGGGGCUUCCGCGCUCCGGCCGCGUCCACCUGCGAGCCCUCCCAGGUGGCUCGGGCGAGCGUGGGCCUAGUUGGUGUCGGGCUGCACCUGCGGCGCCCGAGUGGGGCCGGAUCCUCGUGUCCAGCGGGCCCGCGUGGACCGCCAGCAGUGUGUGGCCAGCCCAGCGGGGCGCAGGCGGCCAGCGGCCAGCUGAGGGUGUCCAGCCUGGGCUCCUCAACGCAGGGUCCCGAGGCGGCGGGACUCGGGCUGCCUCGUUGGCCGGCCGGCCCCUUGUCCAGCGUUUGCUGUUGGGGUCUGGCCACCCGGCUGUUGGCCGGAGCUGCCGGCUGCCAGGAGACGCUCCUGGUGGGAGAGGGGACCCAGCGGCGUGUGGGCAUUUCCAGGUUCUUGGGCCCCGGGCUUUCUGGCCUUCUAACGCCGUCGUGAAUACCAAGUACACGCUGAUUGAUGAGCAGGACAUCCCACUGGUGGAGAGCUACUCCUUUGAGGCCCGCAUGGAAGUAGAUGCUGAUGGAAAUGGUGCCAAGAUAUUUGCAUAUGCCUUUGACAAGAACCGAGGUCGGGGCUCAGGAAGGCUGCUACAUGAGCUGCUGUGGGAGCGGCACAGGGGUGGUGUGGCGCCCGGCUUCCAGGUGGUGCAUCUCAACGCUGUGACAGUGGAUAACCGACUGGACAACCUGCAGCUGGUGCCCUUAGGCUGGCGCCCAAAGGCCGAGGAGCUGUCCAGCAAGCAGAGGGAGCAGAGCUUAUACUGGCUAGCAAUCCAGCAGCUCCCCACAGACCCUAUCGAGGAGCAGUUCCCUGUCCUGAAUGUCACCCGGUACUACAAUGCCAAUGGGGAUGUGGUGGAGGAGGAGGACAAUUCUUGCACCUACUACGAGUGUCACUACCCUCCCUGCACCAUGAUCGAGAAGCAGCUCCGGGAGUUCAACAUCUGUGGGCGGUGCCAGGUGGCACGCUACUGUGGCUCACAGUGCCAGCAGAAGGACUGGCCCGCCCACAAGAAGCACUGCCGUGAGAAGAAGCGCCCCUGCCCGCAUGAGCUGGGCCCCGAGCGGUGA